GUAGCUGCCCAUGACUUUGCCUCCCCCACCCCCACCCCCUCACACCACACCACUGGGACUCCACCUGCUCUGCUCCACUCUUGCCUCCUAUCUAGGAGUCUCAGGAGCCCCUCUGUCUGGGUCUACGUCUUGGUGUAAGUGUGUUUGCCCAGACUGAAGCGCAGUUCUGUCUCCUGGAUUUACUCAAGUUCAACUGAAAGGGAGGGUGCGUUGAGGGAGAGAAGCGUGUGUCGUUGGAGACAUCCUUAGGCCUACUUCCUGUCCCUCUUUGUUGUACCUGUCUAUGUGUCUGUUUUCCGUUGAAGGACCUUGCCUUUCCCGAGAGACUCCGAUAUCAUUCUUCUCACUGAGUGUAAAACUGACAAGUGGUCUUUACCAAGGAUACUACACAGGCCAACGUGUAUUAUGGGAGUGUUGAGCUGAACAUGGGGUCUCUACUGUCACAACUGGGUCUGGAGUGUGGGAGGAAGGAAGUAAAGGAGGAAGAAAGACACCUGCGAGCAAAUGACAGAGAACUCAACUUGUCUUACAAGUAUGCUGACAAUGCCAUCAAAACCUCCAAAUACAACAUCUUCACCUUUCUCCCGCUCAAUCUGUUUGAGCAGUUCCAAAGACUGGCCAAUGCCUACUUCCUCUUCCUCCUCUGUCUCCAGCUCAUCCCAGAGAUCUCAUCCCUGUCCUGGUUCACCACCGUGGUCCCCCUGGUCCUGGUGCUCUCCAUGACCAUGGCCAAGGACGGCAGCGACGACAUAAACAGACAGAGAUGUGACAGACAGGUGAACAACCGGAAGGUGGAGGUCCUCAUCGACGGAGAACUAAGGAGUGAAAAGUGGAUGGAUGUUCAAGUUGGGGACAUCAUCAAGCUGGAGAAUAAUCAGUUUGUCACGGCCGAUCUCCUGUUGCUGUCCAGCAGUGAGCCUCUCAACCUCGUCUACAUAGAAACAGCUGAACUAGAUGGAGAAACUAACUUGAAGGUGAAGCAGGCCCUGACUGUGACAGGGGAACUGGAGGAUAGCAUAGAGAAACUGGCCAACUUCAAUGGCGAGGUGCGCUGUGAGCCCCCCAACAACCGCCUGGAUAAGUUCACUGGCACCCUGACUCUGAAGGGAGAGACGUACUCCCUGGACAACGAGAGGGUCCUGCUGAGAGGCUGCACUCUGAGGAACACCCAGUGGUGCUUCGGCCUGGUCGUCUUUGGAGGUCCAGACACCAAGCUGAUGCAGAACUGUGGAAAGACUACAUUCAAACGGACCAGCAUUGACCGUCUCAUGAAUGUUCUGGUGCUGAGUAUCUUUGGUUUCCUGGCGAUUAUGUGUUUAAUCCUGGCCAUUGGGAAUGGGAUCUGGGAGUACCAGGAGGGCUCUACGUUUGCUACAUUCCUGCCCAAGCAAGAGGGGGUUAACGCUCCCUUUUCAGCCUUCCUCACCUUCUGGUCCUACGUCAUCAUCCUCAACACUGUGGUGCCUAUAUCCCUCUACGUCAGUGUGGAGAUAAUUCGCCUGGGGAACAGUUUAUACAUAGACUGGGACAGGAAGAUGUACUAUCCCAAGAGUGACACGCCUGCCGAGGCCAGGACCACCACGCUCAACGAGGAGCUGGGCCAGAUCAAAUAUAUAUUCUCUGACAAGACAGGAACACUCACACAGAACAUCAUGACCUUCAACAAGUGCUCCAUCAACGGAAAGUCCUAUGGGGAGUUGUUGGACUUUUCUGGACAAAGAGUGGAGAUUCAUGAGAAAACAGAGAAGGUGGACUUCUCUUGGAACAACCUGGCCGACCCAAAGUUCUGUUUCCAUGACCACAGCCUAGUGGAGGUGGUGAGGGAGGGCAACCCUGAGGUGCAGGCCUUCUUCCGCCUGCUAGCAUUGUGCCACACUGUCAUGCCCGAGGAGAAGGAGGGUGAGUUGUACUACCAGGCCCAGUCACCAGACGAGGGCGCUCUGGUCACAGCAGCCAGGAACUUUGGCUUUGUGUUCCGCUCUCGUACGCCAGAGAGCAUCACUGUGGUGGAGAUGGGAGAGCUGGUCACCUACGAGCUACUGGCUGUACUGGACUUCAACAACGUCCGCAAGAGGAUGUCGGUCAUCGUGCGCAGUCCGGAGGGCAAGCUGACUCUGUACUGUAAGGGAGCAGACACCAUCAUCUUUGAGAGACUGAACCCUUCUUGCAGCAAACUAAAGGAAGUCACCACCGAACACCUCAAUGAGUAUGCUGGGGAUGGUCUGCGUACGCUGGCUCUGGCCUACAAGGACAUAGACCCAGAGUAUAUGGAGGAGUGGAAACUGCGCCACCAUGAGGCCAGCACUGCCAUGGACGAGAGGGAGGAGAAGUUGGAUGUGCUCUAUGAGGAGAUAGAGAAAGGCCUGCUGCUGUUAGGAUCCACUGCAGUAGAGGAUAAGCUACAGGAUGGAGUGCCUCAGACCAUCGAGCAGCUCUCCAAAGCCGACAUCAAGAUCUGGGUGCUCACUGGAGACAAGCAAGAAACGGCAGAGAACAUUGGCUACUCCUGCAACAUGUUGCGAGAGGAGAUGACCGAAGUGUUCAUUGUGUCGGCAAACACAGCAGAGGAAGUCAGAAAGGAGCUCCAGACCGCAAGGAGGAAGAUGAGACCUGAUGGACCAGAGGAGCCUACUGUCACGAAGAGUAGAAGUGGCCUGUUUUGUCUUUUAAAGACGGAGACAGUGGCAGAUGAGCCAGUGGAUGGAGAGUACGCUAUGGUGAUUAACGGACACAGUCUGGCUUUUGCCCUGGAGAAAGACAUGGAGAUGGAGCUGCUGCGGACGGCGUGUAUGUGUCAGACGGUGAUCUGCUGCAGGGUGACUCCACUGCAGAAAGCCCAGGUGGUGGAGCUGGUGAAGAAGUACAAGCAGGCUAUCACUCUGGCCAUCGGCGAUGGGGCCAACGACGUCAGCAUGAUCAAGGCUGCUCAUAUAGGGGUGGGUAUAUCAGGUCAGGAGGGUAUGCAGGCGGUGCUCUCCAGUGACUUCUCCUUCGCUCAGUUCCGCUACCUGCAGCGCCUCCUGCUGGUGCACGGCCGCUGGUCCUACCUAAGGAUGUGCAAGUUCCUGCGCUACUUCUUCUACAAGAACUUCACCUUCACCUUCGUCCACUUCUGGUACGGCUUCUUCUGCGGUUUCUCAGCACAGACUGUGUAUGACGAGUGGUUCAUCACCCUGUAUAACCUGGUUUACACAGCUCUACCUGUGCUGGCGUUGAGUCUCUUUGACCAGGAUGUAAAUGACCGGUGGAGUUUCCAGUACCCCAAGCUCUACGCCCCAGGCCAGCUGAACCAGUAUUUCAGUAAGAGGGCCUUUGUCUACACACUGUUACACAGUGGCUACAGCUCCCUGGUCCUCUUCUUCAUCCCCUGGGCAGCCAUGCACGACACGGUCCGAGACGACGGCAAAGACAUUGUGGACUAUCAGUCAUUUGCCCUGCUGGCCCAGACCUGCCUGCUCAUCGCCGUCAGUAUACAGCUGGGUCUGGACACCCACUAUUGGACGUCAGUGAACCAGUUCUUCCUGUGGGGCAGUUUGUGUGUGUACUUUGCUGUCAUAUUCACCAUGUACAGCAAUGGCAUGUUUCUCAUCUUCACCUCCUCCUUCCCCUUCAUCGGCACAGCCAGGAACUCCCUGAACCAGCCCAAUAUGUGGCUGACUAUGCUACUCACCUCCAUCCUCUGUGUGCUUCCCGUGGUGGCAUACCGCUUCCUCCGCAUCCUGCUGUGGCCCACUAUCAACGACAAGGUGAGGUACAAAGUGAGACAGGACAAGGUGCUGCCCCCUGCCCCUCGCCGUGUCCAAGCCCGCCGCACCAGUACCCGCCGGUCAGGCUAUGCCUUCUCCCACGCCCAGGGCUACGGUGACCUGGUGACCUCAGGCAAGUUCCUGCGGAGGAGCCCGAAGAGCCGGCCAGCCCUUUUCUCCCAGACAGACUCCCCAUUGGCCCAGACCCAGCCUCAGUUCUACCGCACCAUCAGUGAGAGGGAGGAGCCACCACUGAGUUCCUGGGACUGAUGAACUAACAGAGCACACAGUGUUCAGCUCAUUCAGUCUGAAAGUCCUCACUUAAUUAAUCUAUUCCAAAAAUAUAUAUCAAAUAUAAAUCAGCCAUGUUUCUGUGAAACACUUCCACUGAUGCGAGGAUGUGUAACAUUCUUCGUCUGGAUAAAAAAAGGACAACCCCAAGCCUAAAUUCAGCAUUUAGUGCCAGGCUUAGUUUCAAGAUAUAUGUAUGUGUAAGUACUGUCCUUGUAAAU